GAGAGAGAGAGAGAGAGAGAGAGAGAGAGCCUACACAGUCUCCAGCCUCAUCCUCAGACUCAGUAAUGUUGGAUAUGCUGCAGGACUGAGCACUAGCUUCUAAUCACACCCUGCUGCUCUAGGACGUUGGAGGCAUAAACCCGGUGAUCAUGGAGGAGGCUGACCUGCUGAGAGAGAGGCUCCAGGCCAUCACGGAUAAAAGAAGAAUCCAAGAAGACAUCGCCAAGAAAAGGAGGCAGAUUGAAGAGGAGAAACUAAAACUCCAGUACAUAAAGAAAAAAGCCCUGAGAGAGCAGUGGCUAAUGGACGGUCUGAGCCCGCAGUCGGAGGAGGAGCAGGAGGCCAUGAGGCUGCAGGCUCACGAUGAGCAGCAGCAGAGUGAUGAGCUGCAGAGCAACAUUCUCAGAAUCGAGAAGGAGAUCGAAUCCUUGGAAACACAAGAGCUCAACAUCUCUGCCAACGAGGAGGUCAUUCUGAAGCGGUUGAAAGAGGUGGAGAAAACGCCGGAGGACAUCAUCAAGAAAGCAGCCUUGGUGGAUAGAGAGGCAGAUGGAAAAGAACUGAACGAAGGUUGCAUCACAACUGAGAAUCACAACCUCAUCUCCGUCGCCAUGGAAACAGCUGAACAAUCAAAGCUGGCGAUGCGCUGCGAAGCGGAGGUCCCUGUGGCUGACUCACCUGAGCAGAGAAAGGAUUUUGGUGCAGAUGAUGAGCGAGCCUCUCCAGAGACGCUGUCUUCAGAUUACCUGAGGGAAAAGGUGACGCCUGGAACUGUAGGAGCCACAGUGCCGACCAGAAUAUCUGAGAAUGAUAAGCUAGACUUCUCUGAGACGAGUGUUUGCACUGAAAUGCCUUGUGAGGAUGAAAAGGAGGUUAUGGCGUUACAGCCGGGCCAUGACGAGCUGAACAGGAAUGAGUCUGUGGCCUCAUCCGUGUCUGACACACUCUCCAGUGUUGAUAGUGUUUAUGAAAAUGAGGCCAGUCGUAAGAGGCAGGACAUACCAGAACAAGACCCUGAGCAAGAACAGGCCCCCAAGUCAGAGCAGCACCCUGAACUUGAACAAGCCCCCAAGCCACAAGAAGAUCCUGAACCUGAACAAUACCCUGAGCCCCAAGAAGAUCCUGAACCUGAACAAUACCCUGAGCCCCAAGAACAUCCUGAACCUGAUCCUGAACAAUACCCUGAGUCUCACAAAGAUCCUGAACCUGAACAAUACCCUGAGCCCCAAGAACAUCCUGAACCUGAUCCUGAACAAUACCCUGAGCCCCAAGAAGACCCUGAACCAGGGCAAUACCCUGAGCUGCAAGAAGACGUAGAGAAGGUCUGCUCCUCCAAGCCAGAGCUAUACCCUGACCCAGAGCUGUGUCCUGACCCAGAGCUAUACCCUGACCCAGAGCUGUGUCCUGAUCCAGAGCUGUGUCCUGACCCAGAACUAUACCCUGACCCAGAGCUGUGUCCUGACCCAGAGCUAUACCCUGACCCAGAGCAAGACCUUGACCCAGAGUUAUACCCUGACCCAGAUCAAGAAACUCAACUAGAGACGUACACUGAACCAGAGCCAGAAUGUGGUGACAACACUCAUGAAGAUGAUAAUUUUCAAAACCUGGGAAUGUACACUAAUGAUGACGCAGAGGCCAAUGAAAUCCUACUUGACUCUUGCAUCACAGAAGAGUCAGUAUUAGAGCGGUGCAUCAGAGAGGAGGUAAUGUCGGAUGUGUCCAAUGAAUCCUGUCAUGACCCUGACCCUGAUGAAAUAGAUGAAUGUCUGAGAGUUGAGAUUGCUGCUGCCUCAUCAGAUAGUGAAACAGACGAAAAAUGGAGAGCAAUAUUCUCCUCUUCUAUAAAUAAAGAAGACGAUGACUCAUAUUUGGACAGUCUUCAGCUGAGUGCCCAGGAACUCUUUGUGCAGAAAGUCGAGGUGACAGACUUUGAAGAACAGGAUGGCGGCAAUGUUGAAAACGUUCACUUUGAUGUCUCACAAGGGGAAGAAAUUCUGGAACAACCCGAGGACAUUAUUUCCUUUCCUGCUGCCCCACACGAGGUUAAAUAUAACCAUCCAGGCCUUCAGUGUUUGUCCAAAAUAUCUGAAGAUGACAGUGAAAGUAGCAGAGAUGUCAGUCAUAACCACACAGUCCACCAGGAAAACAAUGAAGACACAAACAAGAAGCUACCUAAAGACUUCUGUGUGAUACAGGAGACCAAGAGUGAGAACGUCAGUACGGAGCAUGUGGACUUCCGGUUGGCUCGUAAGCAAUGGCGUGAAAUGGAAGAGCAAACCAAAAACAAGAUUGUCUUACCGACAACCAAGCAGCUGAGCUUCCAUGGCAGCCACAGCUUCAUGUACACACCAGUCCGCAAUAUUGAAAGAACUUACAAGAAAGCACAUGACCUGGAGAACUUAAAUCUGGUCAGAGAUUAUCCUCACGCACAAUUUAGCCCUUGCUCUGAGGACUCAGGUCUGGAUGAUUCCAGUUACAGGUCCCCUUACGAUGAUGAAACACCAGUGGACAGAGAGAUUCACAUCCCGAUGGAGAGGGACGACACCUUCAAAAGAGAGAAGGGCCUCUCCAGGAUGGGCAAAUCCACUGACUGUGUCCCAUCCCGAGGCAUCCCAAGAUCCAUAAGCACUCCACUGACACCAUCAUUCAUCAUUACCUCCUCACCCACCAAGGAACCACACAGCCAUGAUGUGUCAGCAAACAACAUUAUUAUUCUGGACCCUAGCAGCCCCAGACAUGUGACAGACAGUGUUCCAGCCCGGUCCGGUGAGUGGCGCUGUGACGACAGCAGCUCCAGUCUUAUCAUCCUCGAGACAUCCAACCUGAUCAUUCGCAGUGCCUCAGAGUUCUCCCUCAACAAAGCCUGUGAGGAGCCCCAGGAAAAAAUGUUCCUCAACAAUCCGUUUUUCAAGCUGCGUUCAAGAAGCCAAAUGUCACUGGUGGAUGAAGAGAUUAAGAUGGUGAAACAAAGGGAGGAGGAGCUGAGGAAAGAGAGGGCAAACCUGUAUGGUAAAGACAGGUUCAAAACAGAAAGGGGGUCCAAUCAAAUGGACACACUGGCAUUCAGUAACUCAGUUGAUGUACCUCAGAAGUGCAAGUCAUCUCCAUCAUCACCAAUGAAAACCGCCUACAGGAUGGAUCGCUCCACGUUAUCCUGCGAUCACAGAUUUCCAGAGGCCUACACCGGAGGAAGACGUAAGAGUGCCAUGGCUCUGCGCUGGGAGGCUGGCGAAUUUACAAAAAACGACUGAAAAGGAAUAAGUCAACAGUUUGGCUAUUUAAGGGUAUCAGCUGUCAGUGUUGUUCUCAUGCAAGUAAGAUGCAACUGUAUUUUGUUUUUCAUGUGGUGACAUAACCUAACCUCUGCUUCUGUGAUGCUUUCAGCAAACAUUGAAGUAGCUUGGACAAUAAAUCCCAUUAGAACUGAUACAUAAAUUAAUUAAACUAUGGAUUUGAAUAAGCACAACACUUAAAUCUGGCCGGGGGGAAUAAUAGUCCCACAGCUCUGACAUCUCCUCAUCACUCAUAGCUGGAAAGCUGCAGGUUUCAGUAUUUAGUUGAAGUCAUAAAUGAAUGACAAACACCAGUGCCAACACAUGCUCUCCAUUUGUUUAUUUUGGGCCGUGAUGAAGGAUUUGAAGCCAUUGUGUAAAGAGAUAAUUCUCUGAUCAGUGAAUGUAUGAAAUAUAAGAGACUCCAAUCAUUUUUAAUAAUGGCAUGCCUCGCCUUGGAUUACCCCUUGACCCUAGAAGAUAGUACUUAAAAAAAGGUUGAAGCUGGAAGCUCAACGGAGGAUAAGAAUAUAUGAAUAUUUUAUAUGCUUCUAUGUCAUAUGUACAUGAAAAAGUUGCUGGUCAUAGUUUCCUGUCAGUAUGAUAGUGUGAGUGGUGCUGCUAUGAAACAAGGUAGAUGAGAGUUUUUUUUACUGGACCAGACGAAAAACAAUGAGCUGAGACCAUAGACUGUAUAAAAAUGGACAGCGGAACUGCUUUUCUAAAGUGAAGCCAAGGCCAGUAAAGUCUUCCCUGAUGACUGGCUGCAGUAUAGGUCAUAAGCUCCACCCCCUCCUUGUAAGUGGGUGGGUGUUGGGCCAAACUAAGACGAUAAGAUAAACAUCAAAUAAUUUUUUUCCAAGGAUAGUUUCUGUCUUUUUUGCUAGUUAAUGAUGUUGAUGAAUGUUCAAGUGUCACUUUUCUGAAGUGUGGGUGGGGCAGCUAUAUUGUGGCUCUUCCCUCAGACUGUACUUAUCAGACUCUGGAUCCAAACUCACAAGAUGCCGCUGCCUAGUGAGAGGAAGUAGAGAUGUGGUCUCGUCUCGUCUUCUGUGACCGCUUAAUCCUCACUAGGGUCGCGGGGUUUCUGGAGCUUAUCCCAGCUGGCAUCGGGCGAGAAGCGGGGCCCACCCUGGACACGUCACCAGCCUAUCACAGGGGUAUAGAAAUGUUGUGUCCAUAUUUAUAUACAGUCUAUGGUUGAGACGGCUGAGAAGCACAUGUAGAAAGAGUCACGGAAAAUAUUGGCGAAAAUACUCAGAAAGUCUGUGAAUGGACAGGAGGACCAGGAACUCUUUUAACAUCCAUGUGACAUGUUGCUGACAUGUUUAAGAAAGACUUUACAGAAUCUGAACCAAUUAUUUUCUAUAAAUAAUACUAAAAGUUAUUGACACUGAAAGUAUUUCUGUUUGAAUGUUGCUGACUAAUGUAUUGUAGAGUCCCCUCUUUGCUACAGUUUUCUGGAUAUUACCUGUGUAAAUCAGAUUUGAGAACAUAUUUUGGUGUUUCUGUACGUCUUGAUUAAAAUGCUACGGUGUUCAGUGUAUAUUGAUUGUAUUUUUUCAUCCUGUGCUUUUAUGUUGCAACUUAUAUUUUAGCUGGAUUAGCACAAUUAUACUAAAUAUACUGUAUUAUAUAUUUCACUGAAUCAGACAGAUUAUUAUAAAUGUUUCAGUUCUGUCUCUGGCUUCAAUAACUCUUCAUUAGUCAAGACAAUCUAAUCAGUAGAAUCAUCUGUAAAAAGUCCAGACUUCUCCGGACCAGUGAUUUGGUCAUUUUAUUAAAUGCAUCAUUUUAUUUAUUUGUACCAACAUAUAGUUGUUAAUGUUGAGUCACUUUUUGUUUUCUAUUUCUUUCCAACACUUUUGCAAAAAAAAAAAAAAGUCAACAAAGGUGAUUUUAAUAAAGAUAUACAGUCUGAUAUCUAAUUAUUUAUAUAUUUGAUUCUUUCUUUUCUUGAACAGCUCUGUUUGUGUUCGUAUGCUUUAGUGAUGAGGCUUCCUAAGAACCGCUUGCUGAUGUUUACAUACUGUAUCCUAUGAAUAGCCCAUGCUGCCGGGCCUUUUUGGAGCUUACUGGGCUCUUUAUGACUGAAAGGGGCUUUUCACUGUGUAUUCCUCAUGCAAGUAUUAACAAGAUUGGCAAAAUAAAAGACGUAUAUGAAGAAUC